ACUGGCUUAGAGAGCCUCUUUUGCCAGGCGAGAGGCUUUGGCAACAUAUGUCACUUGAGCGACUCUCCUGUCAACCCUUGGGCGCUUGAGUAGAGGGGCGUGUUCAAGUGGGCAGGCCUGAGGUGGAGCAGGAAGAACAUGAUGUCAAAUGUGUUCGUUCAGAGAGAGGAGUUGGAACGCUCUCCUGAUAGUGCUGUCUCUGGAAUUCUAGCUUUCACCGUCAUGCACAUAAGGAUGUAGAAUGACUCAACAAUUAGUUUGCUGUGCCUUAGAAAGUCCAAGGAUUGCCAAUUGAUCUUUCUCAACGCAUAUUCCAUUACUCCUCUGUGUCCACUGACCAGCGGAGGGUGAUGAGGCAGGCAGGGAGCCUCCACUUUGUUCUGCUGCUGGCUCUGAGCACUGAGGCCACAAGCCUCAAUAUCCCCCCUGAAGUGGAGCAGCUUCCCACUAUUAUAUUUCACACGACGGGUCCCAUAGUUGCCCUUCCUUACGACAACACCGUGACAAUCAGGUGUGAAGCAAAGGGAAACCCUCCCCCAGAAUACAGAUGGACAAAAGAUGAUCUCGACUUUGUUCCUCCCCAGUCUGCAACUAUCAGAAGUGACCAACUUGCCACGGAUGGUACUUUUGUGCUUCAAAACAAAAGCCUUUCUCGAUUUCAGGGUAAAUAUCGAUGCUAUGCUUCCAACAAGCUGGGAACCGCCAUGACUGAGCCAAUUGAGCUGAUAGUACCUAGUAUGCCGAAAUUUCCAAAGGAGACGAUAGAACCAAUUGUUGUUGAGGAGGGAGAACCUUUCGUCCUGCGGUGUAACCCUCCAAAAGGCGUUCCCCCAAGAAAGAUCCACUGGAUGUCCAUUGAUCUGCAGCACAUUCAGCAAGAUGAGAGGGUUUCCAUGGGCACUGACGGCAGCCUGUACUUCUCUCAUGCCUUACAGAAAGACAGUCGUCAGGACUACUGCUGCUUUGCCGACUUUCUUCGCAUACGCACAAUUGUCCACAAACCCGCUAUGGCUGUCGAGGUCACUCCAUGGACACCAGCGAAUAAAUUUGCUGACAGCAGACACGUCAGCCCCCCUGUGAGAACACCCAGCCUUUUGCUGCCCUCUGGUGUCCAGACAGAGAAAGUGCUGUUGAAAGGAGCUGAACUUCAGCUUGAGUGUGUGCCAGGGGGAAAUCCCACUCCGACGAUAGAAUGGAUGAAGAUGGGAGACAAGCUUACCACUCGAGUAAAAUUGGACAACUAUGGAAAAUUAUUGACCAUCGCUGCAGUAGAGGAAAGUGAUGAGGGCAAAUACAUGUGCUUAGCCAAAAACUCAGCUGGAAAGGCUUCCCACUACUUUGACGUCAUAGUAGAAGAGCCUCCAAAGUGGCUGACAGCGCCGCCUCAUAGCCAGCUGACUGUGAUCAGCUCUGAUGUGCACAUCAAGUGCUCGGUCAGCGGGAAACCACAACCAGACAUUAUGUGGAGAAAGAAUGGACAUGUUUUUGAAGAUGACCCCUUGAACAACAAACGAGUGCUUGAUGACACACUGGUGCUCCACAAUGCCAUGCCAGAUGACAGUGGCGUAUACCAGUGUGAAGCAGCCAACAGACAUGGCGUUGUCCUGGCCAACAUUAACAUCAUGGUCAUGAAUAUGGCUCCUCUGAUCCUGACCGCGGACUACCUCGAGUACGCAGUGAUACGUGGCGAAGAUGUGGCAAUGAACUGUAGUGCUUUUGGCUCGCCACCUCCCACUAUGUCUUGGGCCAAAGAUGAGACUCUAGCAACCAUUGAGGGAGAAAGAUUUGUUGCCCUUCAGAAUGGGUCAUUACAAAUCUCCAGUGUAGAGAAGAACGACAGCAGCAAAUACGUCUGUGUUGCAGAUAACAGCGAGGGCAAGACAUCUAUCACGGCUGUUCUGGCAGUGAAAGACCCCACACACAUUGUCAAUGGACCUCAGGACAUGCAGGUCAUCAGUGGAACCACAGCCCAGUUGACGUGUCAGGCCAAUUAUGAUAAAGGUCUGGAGGACUCCUUUCAGUUGUCUUGGAUCAAGGAUGGAGAGAAGAUGACAUUUUCCAUCGAGGAAGAUUCCAGGUACUUUUUGGGUGAUGGCAUGCUGCAGAUUAUGAGCGUGAACCUGAAUGAUGAGGGCGUAUAUACAUGCAUGGCCAGAACACGUCUGGAUGAGGCCAAUGUUUCUGCAAUUCUCACGGUGCUCGAUGUUCCUGAUGCCCCGCAAAAUGUAGAGAUAAGUGAACUUGAGAAUCAGAGACAUAUCCGUUUGACUUGGGUACCUGGCAGUGAUCACAACAGUUCCAUUAUAGAAUUCAUUGUGGAGUAUGAGGAGAGCCAAUGGGAGCCAGGCAAGUGGAAAGCACUCCACAAAAUCCCUGGUAACCAGGCAACAGCCGAGCUGGCACUCCACGGACAUCUUAAUUACCAGUUCAGAGUGUACGCAGAGAACGCUGUUGGACCUGGCCCCCCCAGUGAGCCCACUGAGCGCUACAAAACCCCCCCAGCGGCUCCUGAUAGGAACCCAGAAAACAUUAAAAUCGAAGGCCACCAACCUCAUCAAAUGGACAUCAGCUGGGAGCCACUGCUGCCUGUUGAACACAAUGGCCCAGGCCUGGAGUACAAAGUGAGCUACAGGAAACUUGCUGUGGACGACACCUGGACAGAACACAUGAUCAAAAGACACUCCUUUGUUGUGAGGAACACGUCAACGUUCAUCCCAUAUGAGAUCAAAAUUCAGAGCAGGAACAGCCUUGGCUGGGGACCGGAGCCUAAAAUUGCUACAGGUUAUUCUGGAGAAGAUGUUCCCACCGCUGCGCCACGGGAUGUUGCGGUGGAGCUGAUUAACACGACUGCGCUGAGAGUAAGCUGGACCCCGGUUCCGCCUGCCACAGUGAGAGGUCAUCUAAGGGGGUACCAUGUUCACUGGCUGAGGAAGCGAAGUUUCCUGAAUCCUGACAGGAUCUUGGCUGAGCGCCACACGCUGUCAUUUCCUGGGAAGAGGACUCAUGCCAUUGUGCCCAGCCUUGACGCCUUCUCAGAGUAUUCGCUCACUGUCAACGUCUUCAACAAGAAGGGAAAUGGGCCUAGUAGUGACCCAGUCACCUUCACCACUCCAGAAGGAGUUCCAGGACCAGUGCCCAUUCUGACUACCUCCAAUGCCCAGAAAGAGUCCAUCCGGCUUGUAUGGGGUCCACCACUGGUGGCAAACGGCAUCCUGACUGGCUACUUCCUACAGUACUACCUCAUUAAUGAGACCACAAAGGAGGCGCUCGAUUUCCGGGAAAUAAACAUCACAGGGCCCGACACCACCCACUGGCAGCUGGAGGGCUUAGAAGAGGGCAGCCUCUACCGCUUCCACCUCAGUGCCUGCACUCGGGUAGGGUGUGGACCUCCACUUGCGCAGGAGAGCAGCACUGUCACUCCAGCACCUGAGGCUUCUGUUCAUAGCAACCACAACUGCUCUCUUUCCUUUCCUCGCUUGAUCCCAGGCCGUGCUACUCAUCCUCCUUCUUUAGUUCCAGGCCUGUUGAACAUAAGCUCUUACGUGAGCGACACCUAUGCCAAAAUCAGCUGGACUGCGAGGGAGGAGCAGCAGGACUCGCAGCUUUACGUGGCAUAUAUGAACAACCGUGAUGGUAACUGGCGAAUAUCCGAGGCGGUAAACACGUCUCGACGCUUCCACGUAAUUGACGGGCUCAAACCGGGGACGGUGUACACAGUGCGCCUCAUGGCCAAGACUUUGCUCGAUAACGCUAGCAUUUUCGAAGACGUUAUCCACACGCAAGUCAAAGGCGUGGCAGGCCGUCAAAGAAACAUAUCUACCAAGGGCUGGUUGAUCGGGACUAUGUGUGCUGCAGCGUUCUUCACGCUCGUUGUCCUCACCGUGUGCUUUACGCGGAGGAACCAAGGUGGCAAGUAUGCAGGUACGCCGCCGCCUGGAAGACAAGACAUGCUCGCCAUGGACAAAGUGAAAGAGAAGGAAGACCACCCUGAUGAGGAGUCACAACCCAUGAAUAAUGACACCUUCUGUGAAUACAGUGACAGUGAUGAAAAGCCACUGAGGGGCAGCUUGUGUUCCCUGAACGGUGAUGAUGCGGUCGGGGACAGCGUCAGCAGAGACAGCCUGGUCGACUACGCCGACGGUGGAGGGGAAUUCAGCGAGGACGGCUCCUUUAUCGGGGAAUAUUCAGGACACAAACAAGGAGGAUCUGUCACCGAGGCCAAUGGAUUCGGCCCUGUCACUACAUAAUGCCAAGCUUCCUUUCAAAUUCUGACAAGAAAUUCUCUAUAUUUGGCUACAUUUAUAUAUAGCACACAUAGCUCAAAUCUGAAGCAAUAGAAAUGUCUUUUAUAACUAAUCUUGCCAAGAAACUGUAAAGACAAGUGUUUUUUGUACAUACUGUAAGGCAAUGAACCGAAUAAUUGAACUGAGGAUUUUAUUAUGAUAAUUAAAGAACUUUUUUACCUGUCAAUUA